CAAUCAUGCUAUGUCGGACAGUUCUCAUCUAUUUUUAUUAAGUUCUACGAAUUUUUGUUUUACAUCUUUGUAUUGUAAUUCUAUUGCUUUUAAACAUAUCUUUAGUGCUAAAAGUUCAGAACCACACAAUUUUUUUUCAGGAUUUGGAGGCUAGGGGGACAUCUGGUAGUAGUUUUUCUUUUCUUAGACUUCAUUUUAAUUUUAAUCCCAUAGGUGAUGUUUAAAUGUCAAGCAAAUGUUAGUGUAGACUGAUAUGAUGCAAUAUUGGGAUUGUUACACCUGCUACCCUGAUGGUGUGAUUAAAAUUUUAAACCCAGAAAACAAAAAGGCUCUCUCUAUUACCUUUGAAAGGCCAUCUUAUUGCAGAUGAAUGCGAGAGUCGAGGGAGAGGUUGAUAUAGGGUGCUAGUGGUUGUUCUACAUACUUUUCCCCAGCUUUGCAAUGCAAUUAGGUUUUGACAGAUCCUUUGGAAAUCUGACUUUUACUUCGCUUCCCGGCCUUGAAUAGAAUGGAGAUUUGGUGGAUCAGACUAUGAAAGCAUGUCGUAGGCAGGAUUCUCUUGGUCGAGUUAGUAUUUGGUGAUGUGUCAUGAAAUUAUCAAUGUCUGACUUUUGUUGAUGUUAUGCAUUCUCCUUUUAUGGUAGAGGCUUUUGUUGUUCCAAUCUGUAUCCAUGCGUCUUAUAAUCCUGGUUGUGGUUUUAUUGGGUAGAUUCUGUUCCAGUGUGUAACUUGUUUGUAGUUUAAGGUGACUAAAGUUAUGGGGCAUAGACAUCCGUUCAACGCAUCUCAAAUUUUUGAGAGUGAAAAUGAUCCGAAUUGGAACCAUAUGAACACAGAACACCCAUUUGGACAUCUGGCUAGGGCUGGGGCGGGAGAGAAUGGUUCUUUGUUUUAUCCAGUGGAAAAUAUGUUCAAUGAUGGAAUGCAUUUUCCUUCGAAUUGGAACCCGCCUAUGAGGUCAUAUGGGUAUUCUCCCUUGAGCCACAGUGUUGAUAUGCCACCUCAAUAUCAACCGGAUGCUUCUGGUCCAUCUCAUGAUCCUUUUCAACAUCCACCAAGUGCUAGUACUUUUGGUAUGGCCAGUGGAAACUAUGCUCACCAUCCAUCUUCGUCCAGCUAUGACCGUCGAGCAUUCCAUGGUGUUGAGGGUGGUUUUGUUGAUCUCACAAUGAGCAAUGGAAGAGGGCCACACAAGCGAAAAAGUCCUGGGAUCCCUUCUGUAGCAGAGAGAGGCAGCACGAGCAGAUACUACAGCGCUGGAAGUUCAUCUGACCUCUCUAGAUCUACAGAAUUACAGCAGGAGAAAGUAAACAUAGAUACCCCACACAUGCCGUGGGAUCACAUGACUAUGAUUCACCCCAGCUAUAGAGGGAAUGACCCAACAAGUAGGGGUGAGGGAUCUAUGAGAAAUGUGAGAAGUCGGUCAGAACAUGAUUUGGAGUCCAACCUAGCAAGGACACAUUUGUCGAACAAUCCUAUACAUAGUUCGUAUUCUGCAAAUUUCCCUGUUGACCACCCUAGUACGAUUGAUCUUUCGGGUCAGAGCUCCAAUGUUUUAGCCCCUGAAUGGAACCAUAUUAGCGUAUCACCUCCUCAUGGAAGGAUUUUACCUUCAGAUACAAGUGGUUUUAGUCAUGAUCCCAACCACUUCCUUGUAGGCAGCAGUAUGGUUAAUGCUUCUGCCGAAGCUGGUGUAUACCACCAUGAUUUCAUUCCAACCAGGAGUGCUGCUGUUCCUCCAAGUUAUCCUGGUGCCUUACCCCAUACUGUAAGGGGAGUUCGCAGUAACUAUUCUCAAAGAUCUAGCCCAACCUUGAGGGCUUCUUCAAGCAGCAUGAGGUUUGGGCCUGUGACACAUCCAGAUGAAGGAUUGCAGUUGGUAUCUGAGAGUUACCCAAGACAUCCUAGGCCAGUGGCUACAGUUGGGUGGCGUAACAGCGACAGGAAUGGUAGAUCAAGGAUGUCUAAUGAUAGAUAUCGAGUUUCUGAAGAGACUAGUCUCCAUGAUCGGUUUUCAUCUGAGGGUUUUAUGAUUGCUGAUCGGCCAGCUUUCUAUGGUUCCAGAAGUAUGCUUGAUCAUCAUAGAGACUUGAGACUAGACAUAGACAACAUGAGUUACGAGGAACUCCUUGCAUUGGGGGAAAGGAUUGGGCAUGUCAACACAGGUGUAUCUGAAGAUCUAAUACCGAAGUGUUUGACAGAAACAAUAUAUUGUUCUUCAGACCUAAACCAGGAGGAAGGCACAUGUGUAAUCUGCCUGGAAGAGUACGAGGAUAGGGAUGAUGUUGCAGCACUGAAAACGUGCGGCCAUGAUUACCAUGUGACUUGCAUCAAAAAGUGGUUGUCAAUGAAAAAUUCUUGUCCGAUCUGCAAAGGUUCUGCUCUUGCCGAUAAUACUAAGGGGAAAUAAAUUAUGCUUCAUUAUAUGGCAUUCUUGUAUAUAUGUUUAGGGAUAAUCCUCCAAUGGAGGAAAGGACUUGCUUUAUGAAGUUGUAAAGGGAAUGCUGGCCAGUUUCAGUCCAUUUGUUUCAGGCUUCCACUUCAAUAUUGUGAAGCCUUUUUGGAGUCCCAUAUUUUUGUAUGGGUCUUUAAUGCAAAAGAAGAUGUGAUUGAUGAUACCAUGCUUCUGCAUGUUUUAUUUUGAAAACU